AUGGCGGAAUCUUGCAGCCCUCGCAGGGGGCAGGCGGAGCCCACCCGAGUCUUGCAAGCUCUCCACGUGUGGUUGGCAUGUCUCGUCACCUUGCCGGUUGCAGGUGACAAGGCAGUUGCGGCAGCGGCAUCGGUUGACUCCAGGGCGGAGGCAUGGGGGCGCAUGAUCGCCGUCGGAGCGGCGGACGGCUUUGCCCCCGCCGCAGAACUGCAGGUGAAGAACGCUGAGUGUCUGAUGACAGGUCCGGGUGGGGCCGCUGUUCUGUACAAUGCAUCGGGUCACUUCGUCACAAUGCUGCAAGGUGCCUUCCAGCCACAGGUUCCUGGCCGUGCAGAGUCUCUUGGCUCCCGACAGGUGGCCAGUCUGGCAGGCAGCUUGCAGGCCUUGAUCGAGCUGGAGGGGCACAUUGCAUCAGCAUGCUUCUCGCAUGAACUUCUGUUGGACCUGCGGAAAGCGAGCGAUGCGUUGUUGCUGUUGCAAGCACAAAAUGGCCGUUUGAUGCUGCAACGCACGGACGUUCACGAUGACCUGGUCACCGCCUCUAAGGAUUUUGCCAACGAGGAAUAUGCUUCAUUUGGUCGAGAUCUUGGGGGCCUUUGGCGACGGGCCUUGCGUGAUGCUGUGCCAUCGACAAAGCAGAAGAAGGAAGAGGCUGUCCCGGCGAUGCCUGGACCAAAGCGUCCAACAUCUUCCGACCUGCUUGAGGUGACCUCAGCGCUGCUGCGCAGCUUCUUUGGCCACAGACAGGAUGGCCAUGCCUUUUUUCUCUGGGAGCACCCCGUCCUCUUCGAUCAUUGCAUUGGCAAGAUGAGCCCGACGCUACCGGCACUAGAGGAGCUCUGGGACUCGAUUGGUGAGGUCUUGCUGCAGGUGGCUCCCAGCCAGAAGCUUUGGAGCUUUUCAACGCCUGAUGAGCAAGUAACUACCCGAGAAGUCCAACAACUGGCUCAGUUGGGACGAAUUCUGCAAGAAUUGCCAAUGAUCCUCCAAGACUGCGGGCUGCAAGGCAACGCCCAGAAAAUGUUCCUGCAGUCGGUCACCGUCUUCCGGUCACCGCCAGAAAAGAUCCUGAAUGCCGCAGCUUCUUCCCUCUUCGUACUGGAGCAGCAUUGGAUAUCAAGCGCGUGGCAGGAAGCCGGGUCGAAGCUGGGCCUGCUGAUGCAGGAUAUGCUUUUGGACACGUUUCCAGAAACGGUACAUUUUGAUGGCAGGUUGCGACCACUGACGGCGCAGUCUCCCAGUCAAGGAGCAACCUCUCACGUGAUCUUUCUCUGUCUUUGUGCCGGCUUAGCGGUGCCAGUCACAGGCUUGGCGGCCGCCAGGGGUUGGAAUGUGCCACGCAUUGUUCGUGCCAUGUUCGAGAUUCGACAGGUUCGCUGCGACACCUGCGAAGAGGGUCGCAGAGGGCAGGCUGUAGAGGAAAUCCAGAUCGAGGUGAACCGCAUCAGGAGAUUGGAAAUGAGUGGUCUUCUAGAGGAAGAGGAAACCGUGGAGGAUUUUCAUGAAUCCUUUGCUGAUCCACGCCGCGCCUAG